AUGAGGGCCAGGCACCUCACACAGCCAUCUUGGGCUGCGCAGACUCCCGAGCUCCGUUGGAGAAGAUCUUCGAUGCUCUGCCUGGAGAUCUCUUCGUGCUGCGCAACGCAGGAAACACCUGCACUCAUGCUGAAGGCAGCAUGGUGGGCAGUCUGGAGUUUGCCACGGGGAAGUUGGGGACUCGACUCAUCCUGGUUUUGGGCCACACCGCCUGCGGUGCCAUCAACGGUGCCACUCAGGAUGUUUCUGAAGUCUUGGACUUCCUCGGAACUGCCGUCGCAGACCUACUUUGGAAAAUCAACUGGCAAGGCCACCUCCGCCCUGGAAGGCUUGCUUCGGGAUUUGAUGGAGGUCGCCGAAAAUGCUGCAAGCGAUCUUGGGAGUGAUGACAUCGUUGCGGUGGGCAAGCACGCCGUGAAGAUCAACGUCUUGCAUACCAUGAAGUUUCUUCUCAAGUACAGUAAGACCAUUCGCGACCUUGUGAUCAGUGGGAAGGUGGAGCUGCAAGGGGGCAUCUACAAUCUGGAGACAGGCCGAGUGGAUUUCCUUGGCAAGCACCCUGAGCAGGAUGUGCUCUUCGGCUCCAAGAUGGACUUGCCUCCAUCCAUGUUCAAGUCUGAGGCACCGAGCUUCGUGCGCACCACCGAGUCCAAUGCAGUGAGCGCCAGGGAGGCUCUGAAUAUCUUGGCAGAGGGCAACAAGCGCUACCUCUUAGGCGAACCUAAAGCCUUUGGAGCCACCAAGGACAUGCGCAAAGCGUUGGUGGACAAGGGCCAAGCUCCCCACGUGGCCGUGGUCGGAUGUUCCGACUCUCGCGCUCCAGUGGAGACCAUUUUUGAUGCCUUGCCUGGAGACAUCUUUGUCCUGCGCAAUGCGGGCAACACCUGCACCCAUGCCGAAGGCAGCAUCGUGGGAAGCUUGGAGUUUUGCGUUGGCAAGCUAGGAAGUCGCUUGAUCCUGGUCAUGGGCCACACGCAGUGCGGAGCCAUCAAUGGUGCCACCAAGACCUACUUGGCGGACAAGAGCUCGGUUGACCGUGCGCAUCCCUCUUGUGCCCUGGAGGGCUUGCUCUUCGGCCUUACUCGGGUGGCUGCGGAUGCUGCUCAGGAGUUGGGGCCAAAUGCCACGGAAGACCAGCUCGCCAAGCACUCCGUGAAGGUCAAUGUCUUCCACUCCAUCAACUUUCUCCUUAAAUUCAGCCAGCCCAUCCGGGACUUGGUCGCCAAAGGCGAACUGGAGGUCCAAGGUGCAAUCUACAACUUGGAGACAGGGCAAGUGGACUUCUUGGGCCCUUCGCCCAAACAAUCGGAGCUCUUGUCCUCCAAGAUGUUCGUGCCACCCGGCGUGGCGGGUGCUUCGCAGUCCUCCGUGCUCUUAGGGCUCCACGGCGUGCGCACUCCGGAGGAUCCUCCUCUGAAACCCCCUGCAGCGUUGAAGCUGUUGAAGGAAGGCAACCUGCGCUUCGCCAAAGGCGCGCCGGAAGCUGGAAAGAUCGAUGCGCAGAUGCGCAAGGCCUUGGCCGAUGUGGGCCAGGCGCCACACACCGCGGUCUUGGGCUGCGCUGAUUCGCGGGUGCCGUUGGAAUUGGUCUUUGACACCUUGCCUGGAGACCUCUUUGUUCUUCGCAAUGCCGGAAAUACUUGCGUACACUCUGAGGGAAGUGUCUUGGGAUCCCUGGAGUUUUGCAUCGGCGCGCUCAACACCAAGCUGAUCCUCAUCCUUGGGCACACGAACUGCGGGGCGAUCAAGGGCGCCACCAAGCAGUACCUCUCCAGUAAGGCCACGGGAGAGCCCGCAAAUGCCUUGGGGGCCCUCCUGAUGGGGCUUAGCGAUGUGGCUCAGGAGGCCGAAGCGCAGCUAGGCUCCACAGCCACCGAGGCGCAGCUGGCGGACGAAUCCGUGAAGCUGAACGUCUUCAAGAGCAUGGACUAUUUGCUGGACAACAGCAGGGUGAUCGGAUCCAAAGUCUUGAGCGGCGAGGUGGAUUUGGAGGGUGGCAUCUAUGACCUGGACACUGGACGUGUCACCUGGUUGGGCAAAAGCCCCUACGUCCAGAGGCGGCUGAGAGGUUGA